UUGUGCGGGGCCACGGCUGAUAUCACCUUUGUCACGUGAUCUUCGCUCGUUCACCUCUGACGUCGUCACGUCAGUGUAAAUAUGAAGCUGGAACCAUUAUUCGCGAUAAUGGAUACUUCCACAUCUCGAUCAAUCUCACCUCGCUCACCAAGAAGUCCUAUCGGCUGUACACCUCCACUUGAACUUCAAUAUGUCGACAUUAGACUGCGACAGCAUCAACAACAUCUAACGUCCCCAGAUAUAACUCCACCUUUCAAUUCCACUACUCCAAAACGCUCCAAAUUUGAAGAUAUUUUCAUGCCUGAUGUUACAUUUUUGAAGGCCGAUUACAACGAGAAUGAUCCUAAUAACGGAGUUCCUCUACAAACUCUUUUAGAUUGGGACCUCACACUCGAAGAAACUGAUGUCGCUCGUCGUUGGGGUCAAGAUCCUGUUGAAAAAUCCAAAGAAAUGGUUCACAUGCGACUUCUUGCCGAAUGCGCUACAUCGAUAAAUUAUUCAUGGAGUCGUGGCGAUAUCAACGAGUUACGCAGGGAAUACGAUGCGAGGAUGGCGAGAUGGAAUUCCACUAUCAAAAAGUCUAAUCAAAACUUGGAAGAACGCCGAGCAAGAAAGGUACUUUUUGAGUUGGUGACCACAAUGGAGAUGGCUGGAUAUGGAAAUGAGGAAAUGAGAUGGGUUUCUGAGGUUUUGAAUUAUCGUGAGCAAACUUUUUGGGCUGUGAGGGAGUGGUGUGAGACAAGAUUGGAAAAGGUGAGGGGUGAAAUUGAGAGGAAACAACAACGGCGCAUACCGGAGAUGGAGAUCGAAACACACGAGAUUGUCGAGGCUCGAGGACAUACACAGGAAAGGGGAACGGAGAAGGAGACGAAGGAGAUGAGGGCAAGAACGUCUCGACGGGAUGUCAACUCCCGAGGAUCCACACCGCAGAUCACCGACACACAGGCUCCCACACAGACAAAGAAUAGUAGACGGAAUGCAAACUCUGGAAACCAUACGCCAAGCCAUGAUACUCAAGAACGCACGUCACAGAUCAACGAUACCCUAGAACCCACGCAAGCCACUGAUACCCGGAAAUACACCCGAGUCAUCGAAACCCCAAACCCCACACAAAUCACCAACAUUCGAAACCAUACACAGGAUAUCAUGGGUCAUGAGAGCAUGCGAAAGACGGAAAAGAAAAAAUGCAAACCGAACAUAAAGGCACAAGAACGGGAAGCCUCCACUCAACAACCUAUUCAUAUCAGCAACAUCCGAAAACGCACGAAUGCUGAUAGCAAUAAUUUGGAUAGCAAUACAGCUCACACGAAAAGACUACGGCGAUCACCCCGACUUAAAUCAAUCCUUGAUCUGGAGGCAACCAAGAAUGGAUUGGGCGAUUGAGACGUUAGAUUCUAUCUUUAUUACAAACAGGAUUAUUGUAGGCUUCUUGGUGUGAUACUUUACUGGCGCAAAGGUCGAUAUGGAUGAAAUUUAUGAUCGUUAUAAGUAUUCAAACUCCAACAAAACGGAACAGAAUAGAACAGAACAAUACAAAAUAUCGUCACCGUUCUACAAAUGAGGUUAUUCUUUAAAAAAUGGCUAAGCUCAAACAAUUGAAGAUGUUGAAUGAUUUGCCCGGUGUGCCAAUAGGCAUUGUAAUGGAGAUUAAAGCGGGAACACUCAAGUACGAAGCAGAG